GCAUAUAAUUUAUUAAAUAUUUAUGCCACAGAAGUCGUCGGUCUCGUACCUCAGGCUACACUUAUCAAACAAGACGCUGCCACAGAACUUAGGUUCAUGUUCUCGUAGGAGGAGCUGCUUCGCCCACAGCAGCAACACAACAUGAUGAUCAUCAUCAUCAUUGCCGCCGCCGUCGGAAUUAUUACGUACUAAUUAGUAAGGGAGUUGCUAAAGGUCGCCCUUAAAAUUGCUAAAUGUCGCCCUAAAAAACAUCAAAGUUACAAAUUUAACCUUUUAGCUUCUUUACUCUUCCUUUAGCAAACAAACACCACUUAGUAAAGAAAAUAAAACAUUAUUCAAAAGAGAGAAUCCAUCAUCGUCAUUCUGGAGUUGGAAUCGUCGAUAUGAUGUCUGAAUCAUGACUAGCGACUCUAAAUCGGUAAAUUUCACUCAAAAAGUUGAAAAAAAAAACAAAAAAAGGGAAUCGUAGCUCAUUUGCGGUUGCACCAUGGGUCAACCGCAGCUCACUUGCGGUUGCACCAUGGGCCAACCGCAGCUCACUUGCGGUUGGUCCAUGGUACAACCGCAGCUCACUUGCGGUUGCACCAUGGACCAACCGCAAGUGAGUUGCGGUUGCACCAUGGACCAACCGUAACUUGCCUUAGGUUGAGCGUUUUUUUGGAAAUUUCGUUAGAGAAUGGGCGACGCCGACGGCGGAAAAGACGCCGACGAACUGGUGCGUCGAGAGGAAUUCGCGAAGAAGGCAGAUGAGGGGUUCAGUUUGAGAAGUUAGGGACUGUUUGGUUUGUUUAAAUUUUAAAAUUUUAUUAGGGGUAUAUAAGUCAUUUAUCAUUAGAGUUAGGGCGACCGUUAGCAAUUUUAAGGGCGACAUUUAGCGAUUCAGAUUAGUAAUUAUUUAACCCAAAUUGUAAUGAUGCACGGGAUGUGUGUUAGAGAGUGGUAUAAGAUUCACGAUUGAAUCUCUUUCAACAACUCGAGUUAUUGAGAUCAACUGGUUCUCGACAUGGUAUCAGAGCCUAGAACCGAAAGGUCAUGUGUUCGAAUCUCCACGACCCUCAAUAUUAACCGUUGUCUUUCAAGCACAUGGCAUAGUAGACAUGUGCAAACUUCAAGCCCAUGAGUUGGCUUCCGUUUGAGAGGGCGUGUUGAAACUCCUAUGAAUCCCUAAAUCAAGACUUCCAACUUCCAAGGGUAAGAAUGAGACCAUAAGAAAAUCACAAUUUGGGUUGUUACUAAUACAGACGACUUUUACAUAAGAAAGCCAUAAAAAUUCAAAUCAUAGUUCAUUUGGGAUGUCAAUAUUAUAGUCACGCUAAAUUGAGACCUACAUAUAAGUUAGUAUGGAUCGGUAUGGGUUGAAACUUGAAAUUUUUUCAUCCAAGAUACUAAGGAUGUCAAAUUAUUUAAAAUAUCCAUGUAUACAGCUUAAACUUUGGUUAAUCUAAGAUGGCAAGAUCACAGAUUUUAAGAUGAAUACCUUUCAAUUUUUUCCCCUUUUGCAAUGAAUUGAAUUCAAUUUUUUCCCCCUUUUACAACUCAACUUUGAUACAUUUGAUGGGCCGGAUUUCAGGUUACUGGGCCGGAUAGCACUCCGACGUGGCCCAAUAUCACGUCCCUUUGAGAAAAAAAUUAAAACUAAAACAGACACUCAGAAAAAAAAACGGAAAAUCCGCGAAAAAGAAGGAAAAUGAGAAGCUUAAGCCGAGCAUCUGCGCUCUGUAAAUCGAGCUGCUUCCUCACCCCAUCAUCUUCACUCGCUCUGCCUCCCACCACUCGCUUCCGGUUCAACUCGUUCGAAUCCACUUCCCAGUCUCGCUCUAAUCGCCAUCGCAUGGCCGCCGCCGCCGAUACUCCUCCCACCGACGGCGCCGCCGCCCCUUCUCCUUCUUCCUCUUCCGCGGCUUCCGCCAUUGAUUUCCUCUCCCUCUGCCAUCAACUCAAGACGACGAAGAGGGCUGGAUGGGUGAAGAGGGAUGUUAGGGAUCCGGAAUCCAUUGCUGAUCAUAUGUACAGAAUGGGGUUAAUGGGUUUGAUUCUUCCAGACAUUCCUGGCAUCAACCGUGACAAGUGUGUGAAGAUGGCGAUUGUUCAUGAUAUAGCUGAAGCUAUUGUGGGUGACAUUACCCCAUCAGAUGGUGUUCCAAAGGAAGAGAAGAGCCGAAAAGAGGCAGAAGCUUUGGAUCAUAUGUGCAAACUGUUAGGUGGAGGGUCGAGAGCUGAGGAGAUAGCACAGUUAUGGAAAGAGUAUGAGGAUAAUUCUUCCCCUGAAGCCAAGAUGGUGAAGGACUUUGACAAGGUGGAGAUGAUACUUCAGGCUUUAGAAUAUGAAAAUGAACAAGGAAAGGAUUUGGAGGAAUUCUUCCAGUCAACUGCUGGCAAGUUUCAGACAGAUGUAGGCAAAGCUUGGGCCUUGGAGAUAGCAUCCAGAAGGAAAGGUAAGUAGCUGGAAACAGGAGCACAGUUAAAACUUGCAUAACCUUUGCUGACCUUGAGCCCAAAAGAAAAACACCCUGAGCUCUUACUUCAUGACCAUUCACUAGUUUUCUG